CUUGAGAGUCUUUCAAAAAUCUUGUAAAAUUAAAAAACACUAAAAACAAACAGCGUUUCUUCUCUAAUUUUCUCAGAAUGUCUUAAGAUAAUUUGUGGCUAUUUUUGUGCACACCAUCCAGAGGUCAAAGUACUGUGCAUGAGUUUGAUGGUUUGAAUAUAGUAGCUUUAAAAAUAAAAUUGUGAAAUGAGAUACACCACUUACAUUUGAUAUAGCAUGGGUGGAAAUAUUCUUAUAGUAUUCGUGAUUAUUUCUCACUGUUUUGUGAUUGUUAAUUCCUACCUAAAUUUUAGUUUUUUUAAUAUCAAAAAUUGAUGAAAAAAUCUUUUUUCAAUAUAGUUGAUGUUUUGAAAGGUACUAAGAGCAAAAAAAUGUUUAUGUGGCACCCUGCCUUCCAACUUCUCUUGAUAAAUGCUGUCAAUAAUUGUUUUUGCUUGCAAUCAUUCAUCGACAUAAUUAUGUUGAUCUUUUUUCCAUAAAAAAAAUGAACAAAACGAGCCUAAAUUUUGUCAGUUAACAAAAAAAAAGAAAAAAAAACAGACUAAAAAAUGUUUAAAAAAUAAAAAACGGCCACCAUCGUGUUAGAUUCUACUGGCUCUUAUAGAAAAGUGUUUAUGAUAGAAUAUAUACAUUAAAUUAAGAACAGUGCAUACCAAAUUUUCAGUGAUUUUAGGUCUCAUUUUAGUACAAUGUACGUCUCCAUUUAAGAUUAUUUGGUUGAUGCAAUGUUAUGUAUUUGUGUUUUCUUUGAGUUUGUAUCUGUUUUAUAUUUGUGGUAAUUUUUUGGUCUCUAGCAAUAGCAAAGGUUAACUUAUAUGUAACAGAAAAUCUUAGGUGUGCUAGAUUUGUGCAUGUAGGAUCAAUUCCUGUUAAAUAUACCAACUCUGAGGUUUUCUUUGCUAUGGACUGAAUUAAAAUUAUAUAAAAUGUUCCAUUUUAGUGACACGUAUGAUAGGUGCCCAAACAGAAUAAACAAAUUCACAUUUCCAGUCAAGCAUUAUAUGUCUCUUUCUCACAACAAGAAUUACAAAAGGAAGAAAACUAUUAUUUUUGGUAGAAUAUAUUUACAGUUCCUAUACAGGAUAUGAAUAAUUCAAGUUAUUGGUGUAUAAUACAAUCAAAUAUGAAAGACUUUGGAUUGUUUGUAACAAUUUUAAUAUUAGCACCUCUCUGUCUCGCUUCUACUCAUUUAACAAGAACGGUCAAAAGGGAAGUUAAAAAAGUAUCAUGUGGCAACAUAACCCACCAUGUCAUCCAUGAAACAGCCACUAGCACGAGUAACAAAAAUGAUGUCAUCCACUAUGUGUGGUGUGCAAUCAAUCGACCCACCAUACUGAUUAAACAUGUUUUCAACAAAACCACUCUGAAAGUAAAUAAUCAAAGUAUUUGCGAUCAAAAAGGUUUAGCUUUCGAGUUUACCCCGGAUAACUCUGGUAUAAGCGGGCUGAUCCUGACUAAAGUCUUUUCGUAUGAAGAUCCUGACGGUACUGUUAACUUUAACACUGACAAUAUAAAAUAUGAAGUAGCAGACAAUUACAGGUGGGAGUACAUCAAUGACAAAGCAGAGGACUCUGCCAUUUUUAAUGGCACUACAAGACACUAUCCAGCUGGUGGUAACAUUAUGUUUAAGGUACAAGCACAUACAAAAACUACCAACGCUGAUGAAUGGCCGCACAACCCUGUAAAUGCCAAUUUGACGGAGUUUACGCUCGGUUUAAAUAAACUGCCAGGUAUCUCGGGGGUUGUACAUUCCAGAUAUGCAGUUGAGGUGGUCGUUUUUCGUACUGGCGGCUCACGCAGUGUUAGUUACGACACAAAGGAAUAUCUAGACGACGAAUACACCCCUGGUAUCUUCAACAUCUGGUCGGCGGACCUUCAGUCUGGUGGUGAUAAAAGUUAUGCUACGUGGAAGCCGGUAGCUUACGACAAGCCUGAACGUUCAAGAAAGAAUCAGAUAUUUGCGCGAAAUCAUGGGAGCAGCGAUAAACUCGACAAAAGCGGUUCUUUCCAGCCUUACGCGGGUAACAUUACUUGGUCAAUAGUGAAGGGGCUCCCUGACGUUCGUUUUUUCGGCGUUAACGUCACGUUCGGCUCAUCAAAAGACGAUGUAUAUAAGGGGAAUAAGUCGGUUAUUACGUGGGUUGGAAUGGUCGGUUCUGGGAAGCCUCCCUGCGAUACAUACUCCGACACGACGUUAGCUAUUAUAAUCAGCGGACUCGGUGCUCCAGGUAUAGUUAUCCUAAUUGCUAUAUUUGUGUUGCUGAUUAGGCGAGUUCGACUUAGUAGACGCUCCAAAUAUAGUCAAAUAAACUAAUUUGUGGAUUUAUCGAUUUUUUUUAUAAACUAAUAAAAGUAAUUAACGAUUGGUAAAUAUUAUAAGCAGGCGCUUACUGGAACACCCAACUUUUAAGCUUACUGGAACACCCAACUUUUAAGCUUACUGGAACACCCAACUUUUAAGCUUACUGGAACACCCAACUUUUAAGCUUACUAGAACACCCAACUUUUAAGAUCACUGGAACACCCAACUUUUAAGCUUCAAAACAUUGCGUUAGAACAAAAUUCAUUUGACUGAUAAUUAAUCAUAUUUACUCCUGCAAUAAACAGGACGAAAGUUUAUUUCAGUGACCUAAUUUGUUGGUGAGCAUUUCUGUUUUUGAAGCAUAAUAGCUGAAUAUUUUCAGCAUUUUUCUGCUGCGGUAAAAAAUUUUCUUCGGCAGAUAGUCAAAUUUCGCAUCUUUCUCGAGUGGAGACGUAUGUGCACUUAAGAAUGUUUACAAUGUUCUGAAUACAUGCAGUAAGAUAGAGACUCCUUAUUUUAUGUAUAUAUAUAAACUGCUGGAUAGAAGGAGAAUAAUUUUUGCACGUUAAAUUAACGAUUCGUAGUUGUAGAAUCUUACAGUUCUCAGUUUAGUUGUUUUAUAAAUACCACUUUAAAGUGAACGCGAUUUCGAGAUUCUCUUUUUUUCAGUCUAGUGAGAAUUUUCUAAUUUAUGUAUCGUUCUGCACGCUUUUUUUUUUAUAAGAAACAUACUUUUUAAGUGCAUCCGGAUUUUUCUUUAUUUUAAAGAUGGUUUCUGGAAAUGUAUAUUGGCCCUUAUUACUACGAUGCGAUUUUGUAAUUGAAGAAGUCUUUAACCUAAAGGUCUUGGUUUUUUUUCGAAUGUAUUUCAUAUAACAGGCGUAAAUCAUUUGAUAUCAGGUUCAUGAGUACUUAAGUUGUUGUGUUUCCUUUUUUAAAUUCUCUUCAAUUAUUUUGGAUAUCUCCUUGUUAACAGAAACUCAAAUAACAUGUUGUCCAAUUUUUGACCGCCGUCGAACAUUGGUACCAUUUUAGUGACGUCAUACGCAAAAUUAAUUUAUUUAGUCCUAUUAAGAACUCGAAAAGAGAGAAGUAUAUUUUUGCGUUUUUAUGUUCUAGUUAAUAUUAGUAACUUUGUCACGUGACAUAUUUUGUAAAUAAUAUUUUUUUGCAUACAAAAUUUUUCGAAUAUUUUAAAAUAUUGUUUUUUCAUGUUA